UUCGCUGGGGUCUACUCCCUUUCACAUUCAACAAAAUUACACACACUCAUUCACACAGCUGCACACCUCGAGACCUCUGGUAAUACUCUCCCAGUUAUCUGGACACUACGGAACCCCGAACCUUCAAAAUCCCAAGAAAUCGCGUCCUCUCGACACCUGGACAACCGCCGAAGACGACGACGACGAUUUUGAAAAAUUGAUGAAAAAAAAAAGACACGCUAAGAAAAACACACAGAGAUAUUGAUAUUUGAAUACCGUAUGUGCUUGAGUUUGUGCCUGUGUUUCUUUCUGUCCUUCUUCAGUUCAGUUCAGUUCAUCUUUCCUAAUUUUCCUUCUGGAUGGUACAUGUCUGUUUUUCAACUUCUCAAAGGUAACCGAAAAGUUCCUAAUAUCAGCGAGCAGAUCCAACCUGCGACACCCGGAAAGGACUCCGGACCCAGCCCGCCCCCCAGCCGGCACGGGGGAGAAUCGACCACCCCCAAGCCGCCGCCGCCAGCCCGUCGACAGAUCGCGAAGACCCCCCUCGCGUCUGCAGUUCGAUACCUAGGGGCUUGAAGGGGGUUGAGAGAACGGGAGAUGGGCCGACAGAUGUGUGCUAGAUGAGAUGCUGUGAGACGGUCGCGACGCCCUGUCACCGGAAAUAUGGAGGAGAAUGACGCCGGCGAGGGACGCGCCAGAGCGAAAUCAACGAGAUCAAGCAGACUAUUCCACUUCUCACGUCCGUAACUUAUACACACCUCCACAACCUCCCACCCUCGGAACCAUGAGAAGGAACCAACCGACAGACGGACAGAUCGAAGCGAUAAGCAAUACCACCCCGUUUUCCUGGCUUUCUUCUCGCACUAACCCACGUGACAAUAUCUAAAGAAGUAGUAUACACUACCAAAGGAGUCGUUGUGACAUUGUUGAUUUUCGAAAUAUAUUUAGAAGCCGAAUUUGUUGAAAAAUUGUUGCCGCUGAAGCCGAGUGAGAAUAUUUUUAGAAAAUUUGUUAUUUAAGAUGUUAAAGACUAUGUUAAAAUGUUGGAACUGACCUAAGAAGGGUUGAAACUCAGACGCACAAACGAACCUUCAAACUCGCCUAAAACAGUACAAAACAUGACCUGAUCCCAGAGCCACCUCCUAGUGUUCGCCCGUCAAGAUUAAGACCAUGUACGCCGCUGCUGGGGGGGCUUCGCUAGCGAGCCGUCAGGCCCGCCAGCGUCAGCGCCAGAACAAGCAGAAGACCCAACGGCUGCACCAGGUCAAGGCGCAGAAUGUUCCAGAGUUCAAGAACAUCGCAGCCAAGCACUUCCACAACUACACCGACUCUCCAGAGCCACCUAAGGUGGUGAAGGCUGAAAGGGGAGGUUCUCUAAAGCCUCCUGUUGCCAAUGAGAGGAGGCACAGCCACACCAGCUCGCACUACCACCCUGGAAGGGCGAAGAUCAAAGAGAGCCCUUCAAUAUCGAUACCAGUGCAGAACCACCAGCCUGCCAACUUACCGCUGACUCCUACCACCUUGGUGCAGCAGCAUCAGCCUCUGGCAUCGACGCCGAGCCUGCAGAGUCAGCUGCCGCAGAUCUUCAUACCGCCGGAGGCGGAGGGCAAGCCUGAGAGGCGAUGCAGCUUCGUCAGACAGGUGGAGGAGGUGGAGAAGCGAACGGCAGGUGAUAUUCUGGAUAGGUGCAACCACAUCUGCAACUUCGAGAUUAAGGAGAAGCUAUGGGACAAUCAGCACACAACCUUCUACUCGGAGUAUGACAGGGACGUCUUCGGCAGCCUGGAGUAUCCCUUCUCAGAGUGUUCUCAGGGAAGGGCUGCAUGGCAGGAACGAGAGCGGGGAAGACGCUGUUCGCUCUCGGAGGAGGCGCGGCAACAUCGCAUCAAGCAAACGGAAGCGCACCACCGAUGGAUGAAGAGGAACAGAAUACACGAUUCGACCUACGGUGGCGGAUCGGACGACGAGGACUUCUUCAGCGUCUAUCACCAGAGCGCGGCAGCCAACGCCCUCCUCUACGUAGGCUUGGGCACCACCGCAAUCGGCAGCGUCAUCUUCUUCGUCGGCACCGGCGAGAAGGGCUUCAAGACGUUGGAACUACGGAUGAUUGGACCUACCCUGAUAGCCUGCGGGUUGCUGUGCUGUCUGAUACGCGUGCUGCUGUGCGCGUUCCCCUCGACGUGUUUCCGGAAGAGAGCCAAGACCCGGUUGAAGAACGCGUGUCCUCACAGCUCCAGCAGGUACCCGUUGGCGCCGAAGAUGCGUCGAGACCACCCGGACUACAUCCAGAUCCAGCAGAACGCGUUGCCGCCCGUAAGGCACAAGAAACAGGUGUCGAUAGUGCCGCCCAACCAUUCCCUGCCCAGCACCAGCACCUCCGAGUUCAAGGAGUUCCCCAGGUUGCUCUCCCCCAAGUCCGAGGAGCCGACCAAGAAGAAGAUGGUGCCGGAGAUUCAGCUACCUCCGAACUACGCGGAGGUCACCGACGAACGCGUCAAUCCCCCCCCUCCACUUCCUGCGGAAUGGCAACAGCGCCAUACGACGGUGCAACGUUGCGAUUCGAUCAUAGAGCUCGAGAACUUGGAACUGACGUACGAGGUCGAGAGUGUUUCGAGCAACGACAGUGAGAGUGCAACGAUUGUGGAAGCGGAAGUGAAACAGUCCACGACUAAACUGAACAGGAAACGGGAACCGAUAAAUUCUGUGACCGGCGAGAGCAAAGAGACCUCGCUCAGCGUGGUCAUAGAGCGAAGUGACAAUAGUGAGAGCGGCGAAAGUAGGAACGGGACUAGUUCCAGGAUAGAGGGCGCUGUCGUGAGGCAUACUCCGCAUAGCGGAAUCGUACUGAGUCCACUACAACUUGGACAAUAAAAUCAUUGUUAUAGGAUAACAAAUCAAUAUGCUUUUACGGAUCUGGGAAUUUCGCUGAAGAUGACUUAUUCGACAGUUCUUAGGUUGAGGUUGAAGUAACCACUGAAAUAGCCUAAAGUAUAUACUUGACAGCUGAAAUAACCACACUCUUGUCUAUAGAUUUUUAUCAAGAAGAUUUUGACCCACGCUUCGAAAAUAAAGUGUGUUAAAUACCAAUUGAAAUUUUCUAUGGACAAGAGUCAUGUCACUUCAGCUCUCCAGUUUAAUAUCGAGUUCACAGAGAACAUAACCAAAUUUUUUUAUACGGAAUCUCUAUUCGUAUUAAACUCCAUUUCAAGAACAAAAAUUGAAUAUUACCAACUGUUUCUAAAAUCUAAGAUGAGAACAUCGUUAAAAACGAAUAAAGAUUCUGGAGCGUGGUUACUAAAACCUUAAAUAUAAUCAGAGCUGUCAGUAAGUUAUUCUGUAAUGAAUUACUUAGAAGUAGGUACUUAAGUAUUCUCAUUUUUUUUUUGACGACUGGUACCAAAAAAGUAUUUUUAGAUAUUGAAAAAUAUCUUUGAUACUCCACAUGUUCCUAAAAUGUUGCAACACUUUUAAUUUAUGAAGUAACUGAAAAAAUAUAAUAUCAAGCAUCUAAGAAGAAAGUUUCUUGCAAUAGUUGAAUCGAUGUAAAACUCAUUAAUUCCUUUCAAUUAUAAUCUGAAAACAUAGACGAACAUUAAUUCUUCAUUUUCAUUAUACAUUUGACAUUUAAAUGUCCAUUAACUAGCAGUCAUAGAAACUUCACAAUGGCGUAAGUCGAACUGAAAUGUAAAAUAUUCUGUUUAGCAUUCACAACUCUGCAUAAUUCAAAGGGAAAUGUAUUUCAUUCUUUCAUUUCGUCAUAAGGAAAAUUGUGAAAUAAAUAAAAUAUGUAUUCAGUGAGCGAUGGCUGUUAGUGAAAUUGAUUCUGAUGUUCUAUAACUACUUUGGGGUCACACAAAUUAUUCAUAGAAAGCCGAUCAAUUCGAGAAAUAUUUCUGUGAUCGGUUGAAUGCGAAAUUCCCAGAUUCCGUAUCAGAAAAACUGUUAGUACCUAUAUGGAAUUGAUUAUGAAAUAAAUGUGAAACACGUCUACAACCUCUCUCCUGAAUUCAUGUGAGAAAACCCCUUGAUUUUCUUCAAGAGGAGUGAAGUUGCAGAAUGCAUCGAAAAUUUAGUACUAUCAAGCAUUUAACAUAAACGAUAUUACGUUGCUACGUAAAAUUAUAAGUAAAGUAAUAUUUGCUAAAAUAGUUGCUGCGUCUGUUUUCACAAAUUUUUCUUUAUUCGAAAAACAAUUCACUCGAAAUAAUUUUACUCACGUGACUCUAUGGUCUAUCAUGGCUGUUCUCGAUUUCCCGUUUAUGAUAUUUCGCCAAGAAUGAAGGGAAAUUUGUGAAAAUUGAAAAAGCGAUAAACCUAGCGUGCCUAUCCUCUUUUUAUCCUAAAUGCUUCUCGAUAAUUAGUUUAUAGAUUCGAUAUUUUUAAAGUAUUAUUACGUAUGCGUCAAUUUCUUAGCAAUACAUUUGGCCUAAGUUGAAUUCAAAAGGCGUAAAUUGAUCAUUUUCCGAAAAUUCGGUGAAAAGUUUAGUCAUCUACGAUUUCUCCCUUUUUGGCACUGAAAUCUUCAAAACUCAUAUUCAACAAGUAUUUUAGUACCUGAUGAUGGUUGUAUCACUCUCUAAUGCAAUUUUGAAACAGGAAAAACGCUAAAUUCAAUUUCUUCUUUUCCAGUUUAUAUUUGAGGACUUCAGUGUCCUGUUCAUAUAUUAAAGACGAAUUUUUGCGCUCAAUAUUGUUAAGUUUUAUCUUAUUUGUUCAUGAAAUUUUUUAUUAGCAAUUAUAGAGAAAAAUAUAGAACAUAUGUAGCAAAAGAACUGUUUAAUAUCAGGGUAGUACCUAUAUGUUUCAAUAAAUACAUCAAAUAUCUGUUAUUUGUUAGAAAAUUGAUGUAAUUUUUGUUGUUUUCAUUCCGGAUCAUAUUUUGUUUAAAGUAUAUGAACAAGAACUAUGAUAUCUUUCAAAAUGAAUAUAUGUGAUUGAUGAAAUUGAAAAACAUUGAGGUAAAUAAAUAUAUACUUCAG